AAGAUUAAAAAAAUCUAGAGCUUCUUGGCCUGUUAUGUUUCUUGAUUUUGUUUGAAGACCAUUGGCAUAGAUCCUGCUCGAUCAUUUGUUCGAGUGAAAAAAUGGGUCCCAACAGUUUACAGUUGUUUAAUUGUUGGUGGAUUUUCAACCUGUUUUUGAUUGAUUGAAUGUGUUUUUCUUUUCUUUGUUUUCUUGAUUUGUAUGUUUUUUGAGGAAUCGGGAUCUUGUAAGGGUAUUUGUGUGUUAACUUCUGGUGGAAAAAUAUGGACGUGGAGGUUGUGAAAUCUGAGUUGGUGCCAGUUUCUGUGGAAUCUGGGAGUGAAGAAAACAACUCUUCGUUGCAUGAGAAGGAAAAUGGGACAUUGAAUCAGGAAACUGGGCUUAAUGAACCCAUAAAAUUUGGUUCACAUGGCAUGGAUGAGCCGGUUGAUAGAGAAGGAAGCAACAUCCCUAUGGCUGACUUCCCAAUGGAUGUGGUUGAUGAAUGGCCUGAACCUAGGCAGAUCCAUUCUUUUUAUUUGGUCAAGUAUCGAACAUAUGAGGACCUAAAACUGAAAGCCAAAGUGGAGCUGGCCGAUAAGGACCAGCAAAAGAAGAAUCAAGCGAAGUAUCAGAUUAGUGACAAAUUCUGGGCUAAAAAGGCAGAGAAAAGUCGGUUGAUUGACCUAAUGAGGCAUCUGAACGAUGAGAAUAGGCAGUACUGGAAUAUCGUGAAUGGGAAGAGAAAAGAGAUGGAACCUCUGCAUGAGGCACUGGGCAAGUUGCGUAACACAAGCAGUGUCAAUCGCGAGAAGGGUGUUGGUAUAUGUUCAUCUGUGGAAGAGCUUAAUUAUCUUAUCAAGAGCUUGGAAUACCGUAUUCAACAUGAAAGUAUUCCACUUUCCGAGGAAAAGGAAAUCCUUAAGGAAAUUAAACAGCUUGAAGCGACAAGGGAAAAAGUAGUUGCUAAUGCUGCUAUGAGGGCAAAAAUUCAGGACUCAAUGGGUGAAAAAGAUGUCAUUCAGGACCAGGUUAAACUUAUGGGAGUUGAUCUGGAUGGAGUUAGAAAGGAACAGCAGGUAGUUAAGGUCAAGCUUAAGCAACUUAGUGACGACAAGGAGGUCUUAGAAAAAGAAAUUAAUUCUCUAGCCGAUGAGCUGGAUGCUGCAGCAGAGAAAUAUAAAACUGCUUAUAAAAUUUUUUCUGAUUUGAAUGCGGGGGUAUGUUGGUUUAUUUUCUAAUACAACUUUUUGUCGUUUUCUUUGGUUUGGACUUAGAACUGCUUUAUGGUUUAUUUGUCAGUGUUUAAUAUUAUUACAAAUAUUGAUUUUGUUAAAUUUGUGUCA